AUGGAAGGAAGCAGAAGAGCUUUGUACAGUUAUUCAUGGCAGCAGUCACCGAUAAAUAAGCGACGACGAGCAAAUCCACCCGAUGAAGAGAAGAAGAUAUUUGAUGAUUGGUUUGAAGAAAAAGCAGACGAAUACUUCCCAUGGAUUAGGAAUCAAGGCCUUGACAAUGAAACUAUUCGUGCUGCUAAGGCAUCUUUGACCUCGUCGUCACCACCGUGCAAUCUAGAAAUAUAUAGAGGGUUUGCACGCGUUUCUCCGAAGAUGAUCUUGGAACAAUUGCAAAAACCAAAGCAGGACCAAAAAACACUGGCAGAAGAAGAAGCACGUAAAAAAGCAGAACGUCUAGCUAAUAUCACUCGUUACGAAAGAUCUCUCAAAGAAACUAGAAAAACUAUCGAUAGAAUCAAGAAAGAAAAGCAAAGAAAAGUGAUGUUUUCCCAAACACAACACCAAAGCCCUUCCAAUUCUGUAGUAUUUCCAGAACAUUUGCCAUGUAAUGCUUUGAGUGAAGUUUCAUCGUUUCAGGAAAAACCUUGUAAAAUCCAUUUAGAAUGCUAUGUUGUAGCCAUCUCUGGCAGUCAGAAACCUGAUAAUCAUGGAAUGUUCAGAGCAUUUGGAGAACAGAUGAUAGCAAGAAUGGAGAACGGUGUAUCUGAUAACAAAAAGUUGGAAAGGAAGUUGAAAUCUGAUUCGUUCUCAUCCACAACGAGAACAAGCUGCAAUAUCAUUGGAGAGCGCGAAAAACAAAUUACAUCAUCAGAGUCAAAGCAACAAACAUCAGUAUAUCACGAGGAUGAUGAGAGCGAUAAUGAACUCCUUAGAUUGGCGUUUGAAAGUAGUCCGAUCCAGAAAUCGAAUUCAGCGCAAAGAAUUGCCGCAAAUGAGGAUGAAUUAAGUGAUGAAGCUCUGCUUGCAAUGAUGAUAUCAUCACCUAUGUCAAGUCCGAAACUCAAAAAGAACAAGAGAUCAACUGACUCUUAUCACUAG